AACCAGCCUGUCUGGCACUAACAUCCAUGUCACAGUCAAAGUCACAGAAGCUCUUGACCUGUAUCUACAUGAGUUUAUGCUUUGCACUGCAGCCAUGUUAUUGGCUGUUGGAUAAUUACACGAAAGAGUGGUGAGUGAGCUUACAUAAACGUGUGAAAUAUCACAGGCUGAAAACAUUAGUCUGUUUUGCCAACAUGAAAAAAAACAAAGACAAGCAAAGGACGAGGGCUGAAGGUCAUCAAGCGGAACGUAAAACUCACUCAUUCUGCUUUACAUUAUAUGAUGGCUGAAGUGUUUUGUUUGCAUUGACCUUGCUGAAAGUAAAAGGUAAGAGACGGCUUCUUACUGCGCAUGUGCAGAAUUUCUUAUCACCUGACCUGCUUGUUUGUUUGAGUCAAGCUUGGUAGCUGAAUGAUAUCUUAGAAUAGAAAAAGCAAUAACAUAUGCAAAUAAUGCAGCAGUGAAGGAGAAAUUAAAGGAAUGAUCCAGAAUAAGUAGGGAUAAUAAAGCAGAAUCAACAUGGCUGCAUGUGGAUCAAGCCCUCUGUAUGGUGUACAGUUUAUCUCUGAGUUCAGGAUUGUGCUGCUUGGGAAUAAAGGAGCUGGAAAAACAUCUCUAGCAAACACAAUAGUGUGCAGACAGACCACAUCCCCAAAGAGUACUGUUCAGUGUACAAAGAUCCGUGGAGUAGCAGCUGGAAGACUGGUCACUCUGGUUGACAGUCCUGGCUGGUGGAAGAACUUUCUUGUGAAUGAGACUCCUGAGUUUCAAAAACAGGAGCUUGUGCUAAGUAUGGCUCAUUGUCAACCAGGACCCCAUGCUGUUCUUCUGGUCAUACGUGUGGAUGCCUUAUACACAGAGAGAAACAGAAGAGCAGCUCAGCAGCACCUAGAACUUCUCGGGAAGGACAUCUGGAAGCACACAAUAGUUGUGUUCACUUAUGGUGAUCAUCUUCAAGACCAAACGGUCGAGCAGCACAUUGAAAGUGAGGGAGAAACCGUUUUGCAAAGCCUUGUUGAAAAAUGUGGGAACCGAUAUCACAUUUUCAACAUCGAUAGAUACAGUCGGACACAGGUGAAGGAGCUGCUUGAGAUGAUCGAGGAUACUGUGUCUGGAAAUGGUGGCUCCUGUUAUGAAAUGGAUCAAAGGUGUCUGUAUGAUGUCAAAGAGAUGAGGAGAGUGACAGAGGAGAAAGCAAUGAAGAGGAGCCUGAUGGUACAGGAACAAAGAGAUGUGCAUAAAGGCCAUAACUGCUCCCUGUCCAACAUAAGAAUAGUGUUGCUAGGCUAUCGGAGAUCUGGAAAAAGUUCAAUCGGGAAUAAUAUCUUUGGAAGAGAGAACGUUGGCUUGAAGAAAACUUCACAAUGUGUGAAAACCCAGAGUGAGUUUGCUGGAAAAGUCAUCACUGUCCUAGACACACCAGGCUGGUGGAAGACUCUCACAGCAAGAGACACAGCAGAACUGGACAAGCAAGAAAUAUUACGCAGCAUUUGUCUGUGUCCCCCAGGACCGCAUGCUUUACUCCUGACUCUACGCAUAGAUAUGCCAUUCAGAGAUGAAGAGAUGAAGUCACUGGAGGAACAUAUGGGUCUUCUUGGUGAAAGAGCCUGGAAACAUACAAUUCUUCUUUUCACUUAUGGAGAUUUGCUUGGUGACCUGACUGUUGAACAAUACAUCGAGAGUGAAGAGAAGGACUUGAACUUGCUUGUUGCAAAAUGUAGAAACCGGUAUCAUGUGCUCAAUAAUAAGAAUUUGCUUGACGGUGGUCAGGUCAUAGAGCUGUUUAAGAAGAUUGAGGAGAUGGUGGCAGAAAACGAAGGACUUUAUUAUGAAAUGCACCCGAGGAUUUAUAAGGAAGUGAGACGGAAAUGGAGCUUAAUGGAAAAAAAAUCCAAGAUGAGGCUGAAGGUGAAGAGUAGAAAGAUGACAAACUCAGUGAAAGGUGCUGGACAAUACUUGUCUGAGCUUAGCCUGGUUCUGCUGGGGUACGGUGAAGCCGGUAAAACAUCAGCAGGUAACACCAUCCUAGGCACAACAGAUUUUGGAUUCAAAAGAACUUCCUGGUGUGUAAAGAGAACAAGAGAGGUAGAUGGAAGACUACUCACUGUGAUAGACACACCGGGAUGGUUGAAACGUCUUCAAAUAGAAGAGAUGCCAAAAUUGAUCAAACGGGAGAUUCUACAGAGUGUCUCCCUGACCCCUCCAGGCCCAGUCUGUUUCUUACUGGUCCUCCGUCUGGACAGUUCUUUUCAAGAGGAAGAGAGAAGAGCUGUGAAUGAUCACAUGAACCUUUUCGGAGACAAAGUCUGGGACCAGACCUUAGUUCUUUUCACUUGUGGGGACUGGUUAGGGGACCGAACCAUUGAGCUGUACAUUGAGUGUGAAGGUGAUGCACUAAAGUGGAUUCUUGAAAAAUGUGGGAAUAGGCAUCAUAUUCUCAGCAACAAGAACCAGAGAAGUAGUAAUCAGGUCACUGAACUCCUAAAGAAGAUUGAAGAACUAAUGGCUGAAAAGAAAACAUGUCGUUCAGUGGGUAUGUGGGAUUUAAAGGAGAACACAGAGAAUAGGAUGGAGAAUAUGCAAGCCAAAGAGAGAGGACUACAGAGACAUAAACAUCUAUAAAAAAUACAAUCUCUAUUACCAGCAUUUAGCAAACUUACUUUAUCAUGUACUUCAGUAACAUGGCUAAAACAAACACUAAGACAAAAAUUGUGUCACCAAACUUUCUAUCUUGUCUUCAGUUUUCUUUGCUAUUUUAGUCUUUUUAAGAAACUGGUACAUUUUCUUGUCACACUAUUGCUAUUUUAUUAACUUUUAAUAAUCGUGACGAAUCUAAGGUACUCAAAAUUAGAUUUUUUUUCUUUUAAUAAUACAUAAUCAUACAAGCUCAUUUUAGUCUUUAGAAUGUAACAUAUAAAAAAAAUACAAGAAUAGAAAUAAGAUUCUAUUUUUCACAUAUGAAAAAAGACUUUUUUUAAUAAUAAAAGCUGUUUUUUUAUACCAUGCAUAUACUUUAUGCCUAUACAAUCAGUGAAACCCUAUAAGACCUAAAAUUGUAAUUAAAUGAACAAAUAAAAGAAUGAAUAAAUACACUUUAUCUGCUUAUUUAGUUUAUUAAAAAUGUUAAAAAUAUCAAAAUUAUUUUAAAUAAUUAAUUUGUACCAGUACUUGGAUGCAGCUUUGCACACUUUGUAUGUUCUAAUCCAGCUUCAUGACAGAGCUUCACUCGCUUUUCUUAUUUUCUUAUUCUUCUUAUUCUCAUAUUAUAUUAAGCACAGUGCUAGUAUGGUGUUCUUAGUGGCUAGUAUGGUGAUCGAGGGUGUCCGAAUUUUCACUGGUAGUGUUUGUUAAAGAGUAAAGCAAAUAAAAACAACUACAUUUAUUUAUUCGUUCAUUCAUCUCCAGUAAACACCGUAUCCUGGUCAAGAUCAUGAUGGAUCUGUGCUGAGUAAUAAUUCCUAUUAAACAUACAAGGCUAGAAAUAAAAGUUCUUAUUGAGACUUAUACAACAUUUUUGCUUGAUUGGUUCGAAUGUUUAUUUUUCUUUCCUGCUCGACAGUAAACUUUCUUGCUUUCUUUCUUGCCUUAGAUAGCAUGUCAGGCCAAGCACACAAAUCUAAAAAGACAGCAUUAAUCCCAUGAGAAAGCUUUUGAAUGUACCUUUUAUGACUUGGCAGGAAAAAAAAAUCUUUGAUGGCAGAAACAUUAUACCUUAGAUAUCUUGCUGCUGAAUGGCAAAGUGUUCCUACACCUCUUUGACACCAAACAAAACUCAAAAACAGAAAGGCACCAACAGAAGCACACAGAGAUUUGAUGUACAGUAAUGGUAAAUAAUGGGACUACAAUUCGGUAGAUGUAGCAACAAGGAGCACCAUUUGUGACUUUUGUGGGUUGCUCUUUUGUGCUAGUACAUUUAGCUUUAUCUCUGAAAACCUUUCUUAUAAGCAACCUUUAGCCAGUAGACAAUUCACAGAAUGUACAAAAUAUCUACUGAAUUUCUUACUAAAAUGGUCCAUACAGACACCUGUGCACACUUAUGGAAAGAUUCUAGAGAGAAAAGCACUACUCUGAAUGGUUUUUCUUUGUUCUUUAAAAUAAUAUUUCAUAAAACUAGCUCGGAAUAAUCACAAAGACACGUCAUGACUUUAGAUUAGAUCUUUAGAAAGCUACAAUUUCUAUAGAGAAGAUAUAGAAUUGCGCACAUUUGCAACUGGAAGAUCAUGCCCGUGUAAUACCAAAGAUUAGAUCGUCUUUCAUCUAUAUGUGUAAUUGCACAAAAAAGCAAAAACAUAGAUUCCUUCCACUCUUGUAAGAAUCUGUGUGAUUAUUAAGAGGUACAUACUUCAAAACACAAGCAUUACAUGAUUCUCUAAUGAUUCACAUUCUGUGUUCUGUAAUGAAGAGAAAUCACUGAGAGUAAAUAAUGAUGUUUGGUAUAAGUGAAAAGUCUAUAUUGUCUAUGAGUUUAAACUGUGAUCACUGAUAGGGUGGUGUGAUGCUCCCUAUUAUCAGACUUUAUACAGUAUCUCUUUAUGCUUUUGUUAUAAAUUGUGAUGCCCUACUAUCAGCUCAUGCUUCCCACCUACAUGCCAUUAUUUAAUUUCCUUACCAAUAUUGUAUUGUUUCUCUCUUGUUAGUCUCUUGCUUAUUACUUUAUGCCAUCCUUGCCUAGCUCUUAUAUUAUUACAGUUAUCUUUAAUUACUUUACUUUAAUUACCUUGGUACUCAAGACUUUCAAGUAUAUUUUGUCUAUAUCUUAUGUCAAAUAGUUUGUCUUGUAUAUUUCUUGUAAAUAAAAUAAAGUAAAUAAACCCAAAUAAAGUGCUUGCAUAUUGUAAUCUCUUUCUUUCUGUGUUGUCUAUUAUGACUGGGGUCUGUCUGGCUACUUGUUUUAUUUAAUAUCUUGUUUUCUCUUUAGUUUAUUUUUCUCUUUAUUCUUUAGUUAUAUUAUCGACUUGUUUGUUUCAGUAGUGUCUGGAGUUUUGUGCUUGCUAAGUUUGUAAUUCUUUCUGUCUAGUUUUGCUUCUGAGUUCUAAUGUUGGUUGUUCUACUGUUUUAUAUGAUUUUAAACAAUACUGUACUGUAUAUUAAAUGAUGUAUUUUUUAAUUGGUUGUUUUACUGUUUACUGUUUAAGAAUUAUUUUGGUACAUUAU